CUCGCCUGCAUAUAUGUUUGUAGAUUUCCCCACUUACCCUCGUCACUAAUGAUAACUACCAAGUAGCAACAGCAGCUAAUGCAUGAACAAAAUUCAAACGCAUCGAGAUCAAUCGUGUCAUAUGCGCCAUUCAUAAUAACAUCAUCAUAGGUGGAGUACUAUUUCCGAAUAUUUUACAUCCUGCUGCAGAUAUGGCGACUACAAAUGAUGCAGGUAGGGCACCCGAGGAGCGACAGCAACAAGAAGAAAUCCCAGCCUAUCAGAGCAUAGCACCUAGUAUCUUCGUUCCUGCACAGACAGAUUUCACAAAACCGCCUCCGGAUCUAUCAUCGGACCCUAACAUACGACGUAGCGAGGCCCUCUCUCAGAUCGAUGAGCACGCAGACGCCGUGCAAGACAACAUAUAUUACAUGAUCGACCGCGAGAAGACGCGCAUCCAGCAAGAAUGCAAGCAAAGAGAGGCUCUCUUUCCUCGUCACAUUAGAGACAAGCGCGGCCUAGCAGAAGGAGAGGAAUCCUGCCUACCCGACAACGCAAUGGAGAUGGACGAGAUCCUCUUCAUCCGAUCGCUUUGUUCCGAGCCGGCGCGAGGUCCGUAUGAGGUACCGCCAGGAUUUAACCACGCCAAUUGCUUGCACGUGAUGACUGGAGCUCCUGGUGAGACACCGCGCAAGUCCGCUGAGAAGAUGGUGAUGAAUCUAGCCAAACACGGGGUUCAGAAGUUGGAGGGAUUGGCUAACCAUGUCAAAGGGGUCAAGGAGGCGAAGUCCAAAGAGCUUGAGAACCAGGCACUGUCGAAGAGACUUGGCUCUAUGGGAAUUGCGCCUGGGGACAGGAUGGAUAUUAGCUAAUGGUGGCUGAGCUUAUGAAGACAGGGCCUAUGAGAGUAGUUCACUUCAUGUACUAAUUCCUGCAUCGUGUAACGAAUGUUGCUAAGCUUUUACUUUAUUGCAUCUACCUAAUAUGCUUACAUGUUCAAGUUUCAUUAGCUAAGGGUUCGGAAUGCUCAAUUGAAGGCGUUCGUCCAAUCUCCCAGGGUUUCAGUGGUGCUGCGAGCCGACCGUGAGUUGUGAAUGCCGGGUCCUC